GAGGGCGUGCAGCAGCCUCUACAUCCUCUAGGAAGUCGCGUCUUCCUGUGCGCGAACUGGGGGUUUGUCCGUCAUGGCCCGGCUCCCGAAGCUCGCAGUCUUUGAUCUGGAUUACACGCUCUGGCCAUUUUGGGUGGACACACACGUAGACCCCCCGUUCCACAAGAGCAGUGAUGAAACUGUACGAGAUAUGCGAGGUCAAACCAUCCGACUGUACCCAGAGGUGCCUGAAGUCCUGGAACGAUUGCGGGGCCUUGGGGUGCUGGUUGCGGCAGCUUCCAGGACAGGUGAAAUUAAAGGGGCCACCCAGCUACUGGAGCUCUUUAACCUUAGCAGACAUUUCGUUCAUAAGGAAAUUUAUCCAGGCAGCAAGGUCACACACUUCCAGAGGUUACAGCAAAAGACCGGAGUCCCUUUUUCCCAGAUGAUCUUCUUUGACGAUGAGAAUCGGAAUAUUGUUGACGUCAGCAAACUGGGUGUUACCUGCAUUCAUGUCCAGAAUGGAAUGAGUCUUAAAACCCUCACUCAAGGGUUGGAGGCUUUUGCAAAGGUGCAAGCUGGACCCUGAGGGUCCUGUGGGUGAGCCUCAUUUGGAGCAAAGAACUGAAUGGUUCACAGGGAUACUUUGUUCAGAUGUAUUUGUAAAUUAUUAAAGUGUAUUUGUGUGUGGCAUAUCUCACCCACCGUGGAUUAUUUAUUUUUCCAGUGUGUGAACCCAGGCUUGGCACUCUAAAGUUACCGAGACCAAAGCGUGAGGCAUUAAACUGCAUCAGGUUCUGCCUUGUCAACUUGGGGCAAACCAGGUGGGCACAGAGCCCCCUUUCGGCCUCAUCACCACCCCCUUUGCUGAGCUCCGUAAAGGGCGUGAAUAACCCUCCCACUGGUUCUCGGUAGUGGGGUGCACUGUUCUGUCUGUUUCCGUCCCGGAAACAAAUAUUUUGUUUUGCGGUGGGGGUAAAUUGUUUAUG